AUGUCUUCGUCGUCGGCCACAGCGGCGGGCUCGCGUUCUCCGUCUCCUUUGACCCCGGAACCAUCUGACUCGCUUGAUCCCGUUGCUAUUCAAAGCGACCUUGACCUCGCCUCCUCGUGGUACCUCUCCAUGCAUCCUACAAAGUCUUCACUCCCUCCUUGGGAAUCAGAUCCUUCGCUCUACCUAACGCCACACAAGUCGGAAGAGAAUCAAAUGCUUUGUUUGGAUGAGUUGAUUGAACAGCAUGCCUACGACGACUCACCCUCUCCUGCAUUUAGUUCUCUCAAUUAUUCGUCUACUUCUCAUCAUUCGAGCGCAAGCCCUGAUAACUCACACUCUCCGCCAGCAGUACACACCUUCCGAACAGGGAACCUGUUGGUUCCGUCGAACAAUGGGCCAGUAUCCUUGACGAAACCAAUCCCCCCACCUGCUUCCCUUCCACGUAGACAGGAUCCAUCAAAUAUCAACCAGAGGGUCGUACACCCUCCAAAAGAGUCAUGUUACAACCUGCCUAUCAAGUUCCCAAGCAUACCAGAAGGAGGGACCAAAUCUCGAGUGGAGACUCAAGUGCGAGUGACCGUUGACCUCGCAGACGCCAGCUCUUCGUCAGACCCAUUCAAGUAUGAUCGAGUGGGUUCAUGGAAAUGGCUGAAGCUGCCUCCUGGAACGGCAACAAAGAAGCGGACAAGGAAGCAGGGAAAAAUAGACCCCGAACCCCAGGAUAUUCUCCAUCUUUCCACAACUAUAACUUGUUCCUCUCCUCCCCAUAAUCAGGUUCUCAGCUGCUCAAGUUGCCAAGCGCGUGAGGCGAAACGAGUCGCGAAGAAACUUGCUGCGCGAGUUCGGCCAGCACGGUCAGAGUCGGACUCUGCCGAACGAGAUUCAAAUAGCAAAUUUUCGAAAAGCAAGCAGUACGAAGACACGACUAGCAUCAUCCAGUUCAAUUGUGCCGAGGUUCUCGACUUUUCAACAGGUUCUGUGGUAUUGCCUCUUCGCAUUACAUGUUACUGUAGACAUCACCGGGAGAAGGUUGGUUUCAAUGUCCACUUCACUAUGAUGGAUCACAUCGGACGUAUCGUCGGUUCCGGGUCCUCAAGGCCCAUCAUGAUCACAGACGACCACAAAACAUCGAGUUCGGCUAACACUCGCCCAGGGGAACUGAUCAGCAGCUUCUUGGGCGUGGAAAAUUCUGAGUGGUCUCAAGUGGGUGUAACCUCGCAGGAUGCUUCGAUGAUCGAUGCUGCCGCUCCUUCAAGAAGAAAGAAGGACGCCUCGUCCACCAGCAACGGAAGAAAGCGGCUGAAACCUUACGAUUCCUUGGUCAAGCCCAAUCGAGUUUUGCGGGAAGGAAGCAUAUCAAGUGCUCCUUCACCUAACACUUCCUAUUCUCCCUUACCCACGACUAGAUCACCCACUCCUUCUGCCCUUCACAAUAUCUUUUCCUCGGAUGGCGGUUUGUCGGCACAUCCACCUCCAUUGGUAUAUCCAGGUCAAAGCUCCGACGCCUCCUCGCCAGAUACUCUUGCUACGCCUCUUGACCAUAACCCUGACGUGUUAAUGCCAGAAGCUUCUCGACCAGUUCCUCAUGCUCCACCACCUCACUCUUUACCCUUGCACAUACCCCCUAUGAUGAUGUCCACCCAAUCACACGCCAUGCCCUACAUGUUCUUUGAUCGAAAUCAGCAGCCGAUGCAGAUGCAGAUACCUACGAUUCACCGCUUAGUCCCUAAUAUGGGUCCUACACAUGGCGGCACUGAGGUUACAGUUCUUGGUGCAAAUUUCCACCCGUCAAUUCAACUCAACUGUAUUUUUGGUGAUGCGGUAGCAAGCUCAACCCAAAGAUGGAGCGAUAACACGCUAGUCUGUGUGCUUCCACCUCGAGCGAUGCCAGGUGUGGUUGCUGUAUGGUUCGAUGGAUUCCCAAAGACCGACGACCAGCCCAACUCGCCGCCAUCUCUGUUCACAUACUCUGACGAAUCAGACAGGGCACUUAUGGAGCUAGCUUUGCAAGUUGUUGGAUUAAAAAUGACUGGCAAGAUUGAGGACGCGAAGAAUGUCGCCAUGAGAAUUGUUGGUACUGCCGGAAGCGAAGGUGGUGACACACAGGGGGAUAACAGUAACAUGAUGCAGCUGGCUUCUACAGUUUCUUCGACUCGGGAUCUUCGACCAAUCCUUUUCCGACAGGGAGGUGAAUCUGACAACUUUGAAAAACUUAUUGUCGAUUUCCUUGCGAUUCUGGACACUCCUAUGGGCUCAUCUGCGCCUGAGUCCAUUUCAACUCGCGACGCUAUAUCGUAUGCAUCACAAAGUGGGCAAACCCUGCUUCAUCUGUCCACGUUGCUGGGAUUUUCAACCUUGUUGAGAUUUUUGAUCGGUCACGGAAUUGAUCUGGAUGCUCGCGACCGCAAUGGAUUUACCGCAUUGCACUUUGCAGGUAUUUCUCAAUCCAAGGAUUGUGCAAAUAUUCUGAUAGAAGCUGGGGCUGAUGCGGAAAUUGUAAAUGCGCUUGGGAAGACGCCCAAGGAAGUCUCCGUCCCUGGCUUUUUCGAUGACAUCAAUCCCACGAUUAUGCUGCUGGACAGCGAUUCCGAUCAUUACGACGACGACGAAGAAGCCGAUUGGGGGGAUGCGGAAGAAGAUGCAGAUUUGCAGGUUCAUAGGGGCUUGUUGAAACGCAGUUCAAAUCGCACCCUUCGAAGGAUGGCUGCACCCUCUGGAAGGGCAACCCCACGACGUUCCGUGAACGUCUCGCGAGCUCCCACGCCUCCCCCAACGGCUACGAUGUUGGACAAGGUAAUCAGGGGAGAUGAGAAGGCCAAGAGGGCAUCUGAAACAGUCAAUGACAAGCAGGCCGCUUCCUUUAUGGAAAAAAUGAUUCAGAAGACGCUUGCGCAAUUCCCUGCACCUCAAGGCAUAAUUCCGAACAUUCCCCAGCUCCCUUUGCCUCACUUACCUAAUCUCAAUGGUCUACCUGGUAUGCCAUGGGGUGCUUUGCCUCAAAUCCCCAUGGUUUUCCCGGUGUUCAUCCCGAUGAUGCCUGGAUGGCCGUCUUUCUUUGGUGGCGAAAACGUGGCUGCCGAUGGUCACAAGGGAGAAGAAGACGCGGGAAGUUUGUGGGAGCAGGUGCCAUUAGAGCAGCGCAAGAAUGGCGCGCGACUUGGGAGAAGUGGGUUGCAUUGGCUGUAG